AAGAAAGAUUGAUUGAUUGAUUGGUGUUUAGAAAUGAGUUCGCCAAGAUUGUUGGUUCAUAGUUCAACGGUCAAUCGUUUGUUGUUGGAAACAGAGCAGUCAUAUUCUCGCAACAACCACCUUCGUAUUAUACAAGACUGUCAGGAGGCUCUCAGACAGUGCCCUUCUCUAGUAGCAAGAGUUGACACACUCACACACAACAACGGUUUCGUUUCUAGACUAAUUUGCUUGGGUGGUACUGUAGCUGUUCGUUAUAAAGGAAACGGGUACAAUAUUCCGGUAGACAUUUGGAUUCCAGAACCCUAUCCUAGUUACCCACCUCUAGUAUACGUUACACCAACCCCCAACAUGUAUAUUCCUAGUGACCACCCUUACGUAGAUACUUCUGGACUAGUAAACUUGACUUAUUUGGCAAAAUGGGAUCCCUCCUCUUAUAGCAUUGCUGGUCUGAUUGGAGUGUUGGUUUCAAUCUUUAGUUCAAAACCUCCCGUCUUUGCAAAAACUUCCCGCCGUUCACAGUCAGCGGAAAUUGUCAAUAAGCCUUUACCUGUGUCUCCAACUUGUCGUGCGGAAACACCACCCACUCAAAGAGUUUCUGCAGAAGAAGAACAUCGAAGGGAAAUGGUUACGUUGGUUUCAGGAAAAGUGAAGGGACAACUUGAGAAUGCGGAAAAGAAAGGUAAAACUGAAAUUUCACAACUAUUGGAAGUAAGACAGGCGUUACAAAAAGGUGCGGAAGCUAUUCAAGAAGGCUUGGAUUCUAUUUCGGUUGCACGAGUAGACGCUGAAAGAGAAUUUUCAAAUACUGAGAGACAAUUGACACAAACAAGACAGUGGUUGGAAGAGAACAAGCAUUUAAAGGGAACUUUGGAUAUCGAUGAUAUUAUUAUUUUUCCGGAUAAUGUACAGAGAAAAAUUGUGCAAUAUCGAGCCAAAGAUUCUGCUCUUCAAGAUGCGUUGUGUCUUUUGGACGAGGCUCUAGAAAUGAACUUGAUAGACUUGGCUGUAUUCUUAAAGGAAGUACGACGAUUAGCAAAAGAACAAUAUAAAUGUCGUGGCAUGAUACAGUAUCUUAGUCGGAAUCGAAAAUGUGUGUCGUAACAAAGUACAUAAUUACUUCUUUCAUUUUAUUGUAUUUAUAUCAGUAAAAACAAAAGUGGAUCG